AUGGACUUCAGCAACGACACGGCUCUCGAAGCGGCGAAGCGAGACGGCACCAGGCUGCCCGCCGCGCGAGAAGACGGCCCAGCCGACGGCGUCUGCUGCAACCAGGGCAAGACACUGAGCGACGGCGACAUCGUCAACGGCCAGCGUUGGCCAACCCCCGCAAGCAGUUCUCUGGGAAAGUCACUAGACCAACGCGACGAUGGUAUUCCGGAACAGUGCAUUGAUCUUGCCAGGCAAGGCGGCGUUUGUCCUCUCGUAUCAACUACAAGCUCCAAAUUCCGGCGCGUGGACGACCACUGCGUGAGGAACACCUUCGAUGCCUGUCAACUGGAUCCCGGAGAACUUCCCAGCCCCAAUGCCACCGACGAGGAGGAGGAAGAAAAGAAGAUGACGAAGCUGCUCCUCGCACUCAAGGGCCUCCUGAAGCCCAAGACCUUCAUCCGCAUACUAAAGGAAAAGAAGACGCCGCAGGAUCCGGAAGGGCAGGCGGAGAUGCAGAAAACCGCCGCUAGGAUGCGCGAGCAGCUUGGAGACGAAUUGACAGACUACGCCCAGUCGAUCACUACCAAAUACGAGGGUCCCAACGGGGCGAAGAAGUUCGCGAAGAAGUGGUCGAAGCGACUGGCCAAGGGGACGUUUGCCGGUUUUCUGGGGGUCUUCCAAGUAAUCAACAUUGCCCUCGGGGCGGCCCUCUACGCCAUCCUGAUCGUGUUGUAUGUAGUGCUCGGCAUCGUGGUGGGAAUACCUGCCCUGGUCAUUUCGGUCGCAGCCUCUUAG